AUGUCGAAUUUUUUCGACCUCAAAGCCCGGAAGGCGGCCGCCGCGAACGGGGCAGCGUCAAGCAGCGCCGAGAAGCAGACAAGGGAAAACACCAGAACGCAGCCCUGGGUCGAGAAAUAUCGGCCCAAGACACUGAGUGAUGUGACUGCUCAAGACCACACCAUCACCGUCCUCCAACGGACGCUGCAAGCCUCCAAUCUCCCACACAUGCUCUUCUACGGCCCGCCCGGCACGGGCAAGACGUCAACGAUCCUGGCCCUCGCUAAGGAACUCUACGGCCCGGAGCUGAUGAAGUCGCGCGUGCUGGAGCUCAACGCCUCGGACGAGCGCGGCAUCUCAAUUGUGCGCGAGAAGGUGAAGGACUUUGCGCGGACGCAGCUGACCAACCCGCCUCCCGGCUACAAGGCGCGGUACCCGUGCCCGCCCUUCAAAAUCAUCAUCCUCGACGAGGCCGACAGUAUGACGCAGGACGCGCAGAGCGCCCUGCGCCGCACCAUGGAGACAUACAGCAAGAUCACACGAUUUUGUCUUAUUUGCAACUACGUCACGCGCAUCAUCGACCCGCUGGCUAGCCGCUGCAGCAAGUUCCGGUUCAAGAGCCUCGACCAGGGCAACGCGCGCCGGCGACUGGAGGAUAUCGCCCGGCUGGAGGGGUUGGGGAUCGAGGACGCCGCCGUGGAUGCGCUCAUCAAGUGCAGCGAUGGCGAUUUGAGAAAGGCGAUUACCUUUCUGCAGAGCGCUGCGAGGCUGGUGGGUGCCUCCGCCGCCGCUGCGGCGGAGGCCGAGGGAGAGGAUGGCGAGAAGAUGGACGUGGAUAAGAAGCUGGUGACGGCCAAUGUCGUGGAAGAUAUCGCCGGCGUCAUCCCCGACAACACGAUCCAAACGCUAGUCCAGGCGAUGCGGCCGCGGGCUGCUGGCGAGACGUACCAAGCUAUCGCGAAGGUGGUGGAGGAGAUGGUGGCGGAUGGUUGGAGCGCGGGGCAGACCAUGGCGCAGCUUCACCAGGCUAUCGUUUACGAUGAGACAAUCCUAGACGUUCAAAAGAACAAGAUUGUCAUGGUCUUCUCCGAAAUUGAUAAGAGGUUGGUUGACGGCGCGGACGAGCACCUCUCGAUAUUGGAUCUUGCGCUACGCGUCUCGGGAAUCAUGGCCGGUAGGUAG